AUGAGUUCCAUCAUUUCAACAACUACUAUCCAGAAAAAAGAAGAUCCUAAGGUGUUCACCAUUCCUUGUUCUGUGGGGUACCAUGAUUUUACUCGUGCUCUGUGUGAUAAUGGAGCGAGUAUAAUUUUGAUGCCACUUGCUAUCUACAAGCAAUUAGGUUUGGGGAUGCCAAGGCCGACUACUAUGAGGUUACAGAUGGCUGAUAAAUCUAUUAAGAAGCCUGUUGGCGUGGUUGAUGAUGUUCUUGUGUGGGUUGGUAAAUUUAUGUUACCCAAUGAUUUUGUGAUUCUUGACUGUGCUGUUGAUCGAGACAUUUUCGUUAUUCUAAGGAGACCUUUCCUUGCUACGGGAAGAGCUCUGAUGGAUUCGGAGAAUAAUGAAAUCAAAUUCUGA